CCCUCAUCAAAUCUUUUGCUCUUCCUCAGAUUUCACAGUCUGUAGAGGAGACAAACGUUUAUGCUAUGUCAGUGGAAGAACGCCAGAGUCCGUCUCCUGUCCACACCCGUCCUUCCUUGUCUGUGAAACUGCCCAAAAUUCGGACUCAAGUAAAGCCAUCACUUCAGAAGUCUGACAAACCAGAGACUUGCAAAUAUGAUUCUGCAGUCUCGGGCAGCAUUGAGGAGCGGUACAUGAAGAACAGCGAGGAGGACGGUGACAAACUGCUUCGUGCAAGCAUGAAAGACCCAUCAUUCGUAAUUGACAUCAAAGCUCAAGAAAACAACCUUCAGCAGCUGGAUCGAGCUUUUCAAAAUAACAACAUCUCCUCUGAAAUGUACAACCUGUGCAGAGGAACCGUCAAUCAGACACUUAAGAGUGUUGAGCUGCGUCUUGGAUGUCUUUUACGGAGAUACAUCAAACAUGUCCAAAUGAAGCAAUUAAGGAAGACGCUCGAUGGAAAUUUCAAGGCGACCAGAAAUUUAAGGGAUGGACUGGAGUUCAAAAAAGUUCAUUCUCAGCUCUGCAAAUUUGACCGUUUCCAGCAGAGUGUGAACAAAAUCUGGGACGCCAAGCAAGCCUCCACUGAUGAGACACGCAGACUGUGCAUCGCACGGACGGCCCAUUUAUACCGACAGGUGAAUGCGGUGCAUGGCCUACAUCUGACAGGCAUAUCAUGUGUGCAAAGGCAUGUAUCAUUGCCUCUGCUCACUGUGACACCUGUGCGGUUCAGCUCCGAUUUGUGUCCGUCUCCUCCUCGGGAUCCUCAAACUGCAGCCAGCAGAGCCAGUCCAGCGCAUAAUCCUCAAAUCCACCCCAAAGCUCUGCACCGCACAAAGGCGACCAGGAACAUACCAGGCAGUUCCCUGAAGAUCAGUCACAUUCAAUAUUGAUGGCCAGUGUCAACAAGUAAUGUGUAGAAUAAUGGCUUGUAAAUGAACCCAAGAACAGAUCCUUGAAAUGUCACUAAAUUAAAACAAAAGCGAGGACUCUGGAGGCUUCGCAUCAGGAACGGACUCUGGCAUGGAUACAGCAACUGAAACAGAAACAAUGGCCUGUAUAUAGACAUAAGAAGAUGGGUUCAUUUACAUUUGUUACACUGCACU